GGGCGGCUGUCAUUCGACUGAGUCCUCGCUGGUCACUUGGCGUCUUUGGUUUGUCUCUGCGUCUGCACCAAGCCGAACAAUUGGAGCAAAAACCAAGCGGCGAGUGGUCUCCGCGUUCGUCUUCUUCGUAUUGUCCUUGUCGCGUCGUCCAUAAUGUCCCUCCUCACUGAAGAUCCCAACUAUCGGCGGCUGGAGCAGUGGCAUCGGGCCCAUGGCGGAAGUAUGAAGAUGAGGGACAUGUUCGCCGCCGAGCCCGACCGCUUCAGUCGCUUCAGUGUGGAGGCGGAAACGCCCGAGGGCGACCUCCUGCUUGACUACUCCAAGAAUCUCAUCACCCAGGAAGUCAUGUCCAUGCUCCUCACCCUGGCGGAGUCCCGAGGAGUCGAGCAGGCCCGGAAGAGCAUGUUCAAAGGUGACAAGAUCAACUUCACUGAGGGUCGCGCCGUGCUGCACGUGGCCCUGCGCAAUCGCUCCAACGUACCCAUUCUGUUGGAUGGCAAAGACGUCAUGCCUGAAGUCAACCGCGUGCUGGACAAGAUGAAAGUCUUCUCGCAGAAAGUGCGCAGCGGCGAGUGGAAGGGCUUCACGGGCAAGAGCAUCACGGACGUGGUGAACAUCGGCAUCGGGGGAUCGGACCUGGGUCCGCUGAUGGUGACGGAGGCGUUGAAGAGCUACUCGGCGGGCGGUCCCAACGUUUGGUUUGUUUCCAACAUUGACGGGACUCACCUGGCCAAAACGCUGGCUCAGCUUGACCCGGAGACCACCCUCUUCAUCGUCGCUUCCAAGACGUUCACCACGCAGGAGACCAUCACCAACGCCGAGUCUGCCAGGGACUGGUUCCUUCGCGCCUCCAAUGACAAAACCGCCGUUGCCAAGCACUUUGUGGCUCUCUCCACCAACGCGGUCAAAGUGCAAGAAUUUGGAAUCGACACGGCAAACAUGUUCGAGUUCUGGGACUGGGUCGGAGGUCGUUACUCGCUGUGGUCCGCCAUCGGCCUCUCCAUCGCGCUGCACAUUGGCUUCGACGGCUUUGAGAGCCUUCUGAGCGGCGCUCACUGGAUGGACAAUCACUUUGUGAGCACGCCCCUGGAGGGGAACCUGCCGGUGGUGCUGGCGCUGUUGGGCGUUUGGUACAUCAACUUCUUUGCGGCCGAGACGCACGCCAUGCUGCCCUACGACCAGUACAUGCACCGCUUUGCCGCCUACUUCCAGCAGGGGGACAUGGAGUCCAACGGCAAGUACAUCACUAAAGAAGGACGCCGGGUCAACUAUCACACCGGGCCCAUCGUGUGGGGCGAGCCGGGAACCAACGGCCAGCACGCCUUCUACCAGCUCAUACACCAAGGCACCCGCAUGAUUCCUGCUGACUUCCUCAUCCCGGCUCAGUCGCAAAAUCCCAUCAGGGACAACCUGCACCACAAGAUCCUGUGCGCCAACUUCCUGGCUCAGACGGAAGCGCUGAUGAAAGGCAAAACCGAGGCGGAGGCUCGCCGGGAGCUGGAGGCCGCCGGCUUGUCGGGACCAGCGCUGGACCGACUCCUUCCUCACAAAGUCUUCGAGGGGAACAAGCCAAGCAACUCGAUUGUCUUCAAGAAGCUGACGCCCUUCAUGCUGGGAGCGCUCAUCGCCAUGUACGAGCACAAGAUCUUCGUCCAAGGCGUCAUCUGGGGCAUCAACAGCUACGACCAGUGGGGUGUGGAGCUGGGCAAACAGCUGGCCAAGAAGAUCGAACCGGAGCUGCGCGACGCCGCCGAAGUUUCUUCUCACGACGCCUCCACCAACGGACUCAUCAACUUCCUCAAGAAAAACUUUGCUUGACAUUUCCACCUCGCAUUCCGCACAUCGUUUGUGUCGUCACGCGCACAGCUUCCUCGAAUCAAAAUCAAACUUCCCCCAAAACAGGCAAACACUUCCUGCUGUUGGUUA